CCUACACUAUAGCUAGUCAACCGCCUCGCCAAAUGAUAAACCUUGCCUGUACGUUUGUCUGUAUGCAGAUUCGUCUUGUCACCGUCCUCUCACGUCCUCCUCCUCUGCCCAUCUCACCUCACCUCACCUCACCCACGCCCGCUCGCUCGCUCGCCCAGUGCGGGAGUGCGGCAAUGUGGGGCACUGCACCUCCAACCUUUCCUCGCUCACCACCAAUUCCCAAUUCCAUCUUCCUGCAUGGGAUAUGCGACGAUUUAGCCGCCUUACGCUCACAUCCCGCAUUUCCAAUCCCAUUCCCCAUACAUUGAUAAAACCCUCCCGCCGACGUCGCACGUUCGCAUUUGCUGCUGCUCCACUACUUCGUACUACCACCACCACUACUAAUGUUGAUAUCGUGGACGGCGAGGGUAUGAGAUAUCUUUGAUCUGAUCUGAUCCUGCGUACCAUUGAUC